GAUCAAAUUACCGGUCACUUGAAAUUAUACUAAUUUCGUAAUAAAAUCACAUAACCUCACUUUGUGUUAUGGCUUUGGUUAGGGAGCUCUCCUUCGCGCUUUUAAACGAUGCGGAAGAGUCCUACAAGCAGAAUGGGAAAUUUUUAGAAGAGGUCUUGCAGUCGUUACACGACGUUUUCGGGGAAGUCUUCGUCAAGUCCGCCGACUUUUUGGAAACUGGGGAGGUGGUGCGCUACGAAACGCCGAACGCCAUACGCGCCGUGCUUAAAGUCGGCAACAAAAAGGAAGUGUACACCUUGUUCGACGAUAUUAACUUUUGCCAUUGUGGGACGUUCGCGCGAGUUUUAUCCGGUGAGGGCCUCUUGACGUGCGAGCACGUUCUCGCCGCCAGGUUAGCUCGAAUUAGUGGCAGAAUGAAAGUGAACCGUUUGACCGACUUGCAGUAUGUCGAGUUUGUGAGCGACUUGGUCGACUACAUUAAAGAGUGAGGAAUCUACAAUGUGGUUAUUAUUCUCGGAGGUGGUCUGUACCACAGUUUGAAGCCCUAGCUAGGUUUAGUCUCAUUCUUUUAGGAUGUUAAGAACAUAGCACUAGGGGGGUAUAAUCCCCCCCCCCCAGCAGCCGCAGCAAAGAGAAAUUUGAUGACAACCGUCAUGGUAGUUCUGGGGAAAAGGUAAUUGAUCCCUUUGUGUGUGCUGCUGGGGUAUUCUAUACCCCCCAGAAUUACGCUUUCCCCUAGAGCGUUUGUAACAAUAUGCUUAUGAUUAUUUUGUAGGGGGGGUCAUCUUUUCCUUUUCUGGGAAUUAUUCCAUACACGAGAGUUCUAAGGGGUGAAUGUUUUGGGGGAGAACAUAGCAUUGGUUUGUUGUAACUAAUUACAGAUGUAAUAGUGGCUUUUUGGUGGUGGAUACAUUUCACUUUACCGGGUACUGGAUAAAGCCUUUGAGAAAGGCUCCACUCUUGCGAUUAACACUCGAUAGACACAGCACCAACUAGUUCUCCGUAACUCGAAUUAAAACAUUCACUUUUAUAUUACUUUUCUAAACUUUCUUCCACAAGAACUUUACAAGCACGAAGGCUGACUGUCUUUCCCAAAAAAAAAAACCGAUAACGGCUGACUGCUAAACACUAAAAAAGCAACGUAUGCUAAGCUUGCUUAACAACCCUUCCCUCUUAUCCCGUCCACUCCUCCAUCUUUAUUACAAUUACAGCGCGUCUUCGAUAAAAUCACACCUGCUUAUUUUCAACUUAAUUAGCUUUUACGCAGCGAUAAUGAACUUCUUAUCGGAAGACCGGAUUUAAAAGAGAUAAACUUUUACAAAACACUGCAAUUAAUUCCAGAUGUCCCUAAUUUUUUAACACAUAACUGAGCAAUAAAAUAAACAAAAUACAAGAUUAUUUAAACAAAACUCAAUAAUUCAAAUGCUAUAUUCAAAUUUGUGUUCAAUCUAAAUUAGCGACCGCAUUUAACCUUAAAAAUACUGGGGCCCCGCUUCAGUGGACUACAUUAAAUAUUGAGAAUCUAGGCGGUUUUAUUAUUUCUCUCUUAAAAUACAUUAAAUACAAUCGUACAUCUAAACAAUUAAACGAAACUGUACUGGUUCUCGAUCGCCCGAUUUGACGCCUCGUUAAUUUGCUCCAGAGUCGUCUCCUGCGUUCGCACACUGCCAUUGUGCGUCUG